CUUCCCUGUCUACUUCAUUUCUACUACUGAAGUCUUCUUACUCUUGUAGCGAAUAAAAUGAAAACGGAAGGCCUGCUACCUCUUCAUCUUUGCCAUUCUCAGUAUAGCAGUCUACCCCCUCUAUACCAGCUGCGCUUACUCUUUCUAAUCUUCACCAUAUCAAUAUCAUGCCUCGCUUCUUCAUCUCGAGGUUGUCCACGAUUUAAAUGCGGGUACUUUCAUUUUCCAUAUCCUUUCGGACAGAACAACAGCGGCUGUGGUGAUCCCAUGCUUCAGCUUGAGUGUGAUACUGUAGAGGGUAUGCCUCUAAUCAAUAUUGCUGGCUAUCAAUACUAUAUAAUGAAACUAUCAAAGAGCUGGGGAGAGGAUCACAUCAUGACAAUAAUUGACAGGAGUAUUCGGUGGAAUAGAUGCAAUCCAUCAUUGUUCGGUAACCAUACAACACAAAUCUUGCCUAGCCCUCGAUUUCAUAAUAACGAUGGCUACGAGAAUUUUACUGUAUGUGGGAACUGCUCUGAAACAAUUAAGGCUGAUGUUUUAAUGCAUUCAUUACCAUGUAAUGAGAGUUGGUACUUUAGUUACAGGGAUCAGCCGAGUCUGGCAAAAAGGUGUAAUUCAUCAGUUACAUUCCAAGUCGCUGGUCUGGGAUAUCAAAUUCAAGAGGGGUUCCGAGUGAAAUCGGAACCCAACCAAGACUGCACGAAUUGCAUGUCUGGGGGAGGGUUUUGUAUGUAUAAUAAAACCAAUUCGACGCAGAUUUAUUGCAAGCGGCCUAAAAGCAAGUCCCAAACCCUGAAAAUUAUUCUAGCCAUCGGAGGCGCUGUGCUCGCAGCAGCAGUAGUGGCGUUCUUCAUUUCUAAUGUUAGAAGGAGAAAAGCAUAUCCCAUCCGGGGGGUUGCUAGCGAUUUCAGCCAUUAUAAAGGAAUCGGCAUAGAAGGAGGCCAGAAAGGGUAUAUGCUAGGUACUUUGCAGAUAUUUUCUUAUCAAGAACUUCAACAGGCCACAAAUUUCUUCGACGAGAAGAACGAGCUUGGGGAUGGAGGGUUUAGCGCGGUUUAUCUGGGUAAACUUGAGGAUGGACGAGUUGUAGCAGUGAAGAGGCUUUAUCAGGAAAACUCGAAAAGAAUUGAACAAUUUAUCAACGAGAUACGAAUCCUAUCCUCUCUUUACCAUCCAAAUCUUGUUCGCCUUUACGGUUGUACAAGUCCGGAGAAUCCGAUUUUGCUUCUUGUCUACGAAUAUGUGCCAAAUGGAACCCUGGCCGAUCAUCUUCAUGGAAGCCGAAGAAGCCUGAGAGGCUUGCCUUGCGGAACUCGUUUGAAAAUUGCCCUACAAACAGCCCAGGCCUUGGCGUACCUCCACAAUAUAGAUCCGCCCAUAUUUCACAGAGAUGUGAAAUCCAGUAACAUUCUUCUGGACGAACAUUUGGUAGCAAAAGUUGCAGACUUUGGACUUUCCAGAUUGGUGCCUGUGAAUGUCACUCACGUCACAACUGCUCCGCAAGGCACGCCUGGGUAUGUUGACCCCGAGUACCAUCAAUGCUUCCAGCUCACCGAAAAGUCUGAUGUGUACAGCUUUGGGGUUGUUUUGAUGGAGAUCAUCUCUGCCAAAAAAGCAGUCGAUAUUAUGCGAAAUAGAAGCGAAAUUAGUCUUGCUAAUAUGGCCAUAGACAAGAUCAGAAGAGGUGUUUUGGAUGAGUUGGUUGAUCCUGAUUUGAAGAUUGAAAGUAAUGAUGAGGUGAAGGCUGUGGUUGUUGCAGUUGCCGAAUUGGCCUUUGAAUGCCUUGCAAGAGAAAGGGAUUUCAGACCAUGCAUGAAAGAAGUUGUUGCUCGUCUCGAACAAAUUAAGGAAAUGCUGCAGCAAAGCAUAGAAUCUUCCAAGUUCACAGCCUCUCCACUUUCAGUAUCAAUCACGGGUUCAGACAAGAGUGAACGAUAUUGGGUUCCUUUGUUUUUGUAGUUUGUAUAAACAUAAGCCAUAUGUUUUUAAUGUAUUCAGUAGUUUCUC